GCGGUCGUGAGGUACAGACCUGUGCGCAGCGCCUCCUCCCGAUACUAUGUUAGAAUGGAGGUGGAUGUCCACUCGGUGGUCAGGAUGUGCUGUCACGCUAUUAGGCCUCAGCGCGGCUACUGCGCUGGGCUUGGACCUCCUUCCCGCGGACUACGACCCCCACGUCAGACCCCGCGGUCCAGAUUCCGGGCCGGUGACCGUCUACAUUUCCAUGAGGAUCAAUUCCAUCAAUGAAGUGGACGAAAGAGCCAUGAAAGUAGUGAUCGAGGUGUACUUCCGCCACGCCUGGAAGGACCCGCGCCUCGUUGUGCCCGAGCACCUGUUCAACGGCACGGACGCCAUCUCGCUCGCCUACGGAUUCCUUGAGGACGUCGACCUGUGGGUGCCAGAUCCUUACAUUGAGAAAGUCCACGAAAUCCAUACAGCGGCCUUCAUAGACCCGUUCGGAGGGAUCCGGCUGUACAAAGACGGCAAACUCUUCUUUUCACAAAUGUUUAUUAUCACUUUGGGAUGUCCAAUGUUUUUCCACGAUUUCCCAUUCGACAAGCAGACUUGCCAUCUUGAACUCGCGAGUUAUUUCUACGGCAACCAGGACAUGGCCUUCGACUGGGAAGGCGACGGCAUCACGGCAUCCUCCGGCAUCCCUGACCAGCUCGGCAAUUACGAGUUUUCUUUCUUCCAAGAGAACAGCACCUCCUGCUUCACACCGGGCUACGUCAACGGCAAUUAUCCCUGCCUGCGCUCCUCCAUGACCUUCAAGCGGCGCUACAGGAACUACCUCCUGGGGGUGUACGUCCCGUCGUCGCUGUUCGUGGUGGUGUCGUGGGCGUCGUUCUUCUGGCCGGCCGACGCCAUCCCCGCCCGCACCGUCCUGCUCAUCACGGCGCUGCUCACCAUCAUCUCCCUCUACUCGGGCGUCCAGCAGAUGACACCGCCCGCCAACUACACGCGCGCCAUCGACAUCUGGUUCUUCGCUUGCAUCCUGGCCGUGGCUCUGGCCCUCUUCCAGUACGCCAUCAUACUGCAACUCCGGGAGAUGCAGAAGGCGAGCGGGAUCAGGCAAGUGAGGCCCUUGGCGAUCAGCCUCCUUGCAGCGGCGAGAGACAAGACUGCCACUGCUGGGGGCGACGGCAGCGCCCCGGCCGGCGAGAAGAGCAGGGAGUACUGGGCACAGAUCGAGUCCCGGCUGGAGCAGUGGUCGAGGACCUUCUACGUGGCGGCGUUCCUGGUCUUCAACGCCGUGUACUGGCCCUUGUAUUUGUAGAGCAUGAGUGAGAGAGAAA